CUCCGAGCGCGGCUCCCCCGGCUCCUGUCGCCUCCCCGGGCAGCCGCGGGCGGCGGGAGCAGCCUCUGCUGGGCGGGCGCGCUCCGGGCGGGGGGCACGGGCUCCGAGCGUGCGAGCUCGGCCACGGCGGCUCCCGAGUUUGUUUACUUGUGCUUCGCCUCUCGUCCCCGGUAUCUGCUCUCUGCCGGCAUAGCGGAUCGGUGGCGGUGCCGUGCCGGGGGUUUAUGGAGCAUUUUUUACUCUGAAAACAUUGCUGCUAAAAAACUCCAAACAGAAGGAGUAAAUCCACUCAGCUUGUCAGGUCACUGGCUCAGUGUAACGGUGCUUUCAUGAGGUGACGUUGGGCCAAAGUCAACUUUUCUUUCUCCUUUGUAAACCUGCAGCCAAGCAAUGGGCCAGAAAAUCUCAGGGAGCAUAAAGUCUGUGGAUGUGAGGGAGCCCCCUUAUAGACCCGUGAAACGAGAGCUGAGAGGCCCGGAUUUCUGCAAGCCCGCGCGCCUGGACAUGCUGUUGGAUAUGCCCCCUGCCAAGCUGGAGGUCCAGUACAAACACGCUUGGAAUAACGAAGAUCGCUCGUUAAAUAUAUUUGUAAAGGAGGAUGAUAAACUGACUUUCCACAGACACCCGGUGGCACAGAGCACAGAUUGCAUCCGGGGCAAGGUGGGCUACACGCGGGGCCUGCACGUGUGGCAGAUCCACUGGCCCACGAGGCAGCGCGGGACUCACGCCGUGGUGGGCGUCUCCACGGCCGACGCGCCGCUGCACUCGGUGGGAUACACGUCCUUGGUUGGUAGCAACAAUGAAUCCUGGGGCUGGGAUCUGGGGCGCAACAAACUCUACCACAACUGUAAAAACCAGCCCGGGGUCACGUACCCCGUCUUUUUGGAACCAGAUGAGUCUUUUGUACUCCCAGAUUCCUUACUGGUGGUUUUGGAUAUGGAUGAAGGGACGCUUAGCUUCAUGGUCGAUGGACAGUAUCUUGGAGUGGCCUUCAGAGGACUAAAAGGGAAAAAACUUUACCCCAUUGUCAGUGCAGUUUGGGGGCACUGUGAAAUUACAAUGAGAUACAUCAAUGGACUUGACCAAACAAGAACCUUGAAGAGCAGUGACUACAACUCUCUUCUCAAGAUUGAAGUGAACAAGUUACACUGUGAAUAUUGUACGUAUUGCACUAAAAUAGCAACUUGAUAGCCUUGCUUAAUUCUUUUAUGAAUUUGCUUGAGCUACGAUGAUGGAACUGCUAAGCAAUGUGAAUUAAUUCUCACAGGUUAGUAUAGGAAGUGGAAAUUUGUAAAGGACUAUUAUUUUUUUAUUUGCUCUAUCUUUACUGCUUUUGGGCGCUGUAGGCUGCAAAUCCAAGUUUCAGGGCAAACAGGGAUGCUUCUGUCAUUGAGUGAAAUAUUUAUUUUAUUGCCAAAAUGCAUAUGCUUUUUUAAUUUUGACUGUUUUCUGUUUCAUACGUGUUUCCUCGUAAGUUAUGUUUCUCCUUAAGAUACUCCUUUGUCUCUCUAGCAAUGGAAGUUUCUACCCUUCUGUAAUUACAAGCUCGUUUUACAGAUGUCCUCUUUCUCCUAAAUCCAGUGUAGCUUCUCUACUAGAGAAUCAGUUAAACAACCUGGUUUCUAGUUUGAGCUCAGAGAAAAUUCCACUCUAAAAAAAGAGUGUGUUUUGGCUCAUGAGUGGCAGUUCUAUACCAAUCUUCAUAUUAUGGCAAAGUUCAUAUUUUUAUGGUUAAUUGACAGGUAAUGGGCCUGAAAACGAGCAUGUCCAGAGAUGCUACUGUGCCCUGUAAGUGGUUCUACUGAAAGUAGUGCUGGUGCUCCCUGUGUACAGGAGAAUAAAGUUGCCCUAGCAGUAACGCUGUGUGAAAAUGGUGCUGAGGCUGUGGAGUGAAGUACUUGGAAGCUGGCAAACAGCAGAAUGGAAUUUGUUUUUUUGCUGCUGUAAUUCUGAGCUGGGCAGCCUUAUCCCACUUUCUGGGAUAGUGUUUCACUCUGGUGGUAGGUUCAGCUGCAAGUCAUCCUUUUGUACUCACUUUUUCCUUGACUCUUUUCUCCCCAGCCCUGUGUGUGUCCAUGAGUUGGUGUAUUCUGUAUUUCCCCAGACAGCCAGUGUGGAAACCCCCAGAGCAUGACAGUCCCUGUGUUCUCAGGUUCAGGUUUGUGUUGCCCUUUGAAGAUAAGAGCAGAAAAGCCCUGCUAGCAGGACAGCACUGGAUCAAAGCUCCCCCUCAUCUGCUUUGAUUUGGCAAUACACCGUCAGUCUUUCACUUUAAACUGUUUGGGUUGGGACUGAUGAUCAAAUCUGUCUUCCAGUCUGUUACCAAACCUGAUUUUUGCUGAAAACCCUCAAUGUUAGAAGUGUGAGAUGGGACAUUUCAGUCUUCAGUGCUUGAGCUCACUGAAGGUUGAGGCAGAGGAGAUGCUAGAACUUAUUAUCCCUUUUUUUUUCUUUUUUGAGAAGGUUCAUAUUAGCUCUAUCUCUACCAAUUUCUUAUCACUGGUUGGCCAAAAGAAUUGCCUUAUUCCAGAGAAAUUAUUUGUAUUAAACCAAAAUGCAUUAUGAGCAAAGCAGGUAACAUUAAAAAAUUAUAACUUUUGUUUGACAGUUGUAUUUCUUACAACAGACACUUUAAUUUUUACAGCAUUUUUCUCCCAUUGGAAAUGGGAAUUCCAUUUCUGCAUGUGUUGGUUCAGACAUGACAUUUAAAGACAUGGUGCUUCUGUUUUUCAUUGAAAAGUUAAUAUUCUUGUGUGUGCGACAUACCUGCAUGUCUACUCACUCUGUAACUGAAUGGGCCACAAAGCUUUGAGACAGCAUCUUGAAGCUAAAAAAAUUUACUUCCUCCUUCCUCUGGUUUUAGCAAGUUUGACAGCUACAGUUUAUCUGAGCAAGACAAAGUGAUUCAUUUCUUUUAGAUCCUGCUGUGUUCCCUCAUUUCUUGUAGUGUUUCCCUUUCAUAUUUUGGCAUUCUCUUAAGCAUGAGCCUGUAAUUGCUCUCAAAAAUACAUUUCUCUGUCCAUCAGAACAAAACAGAAUGUGGGGAUAUACUAAUGCCCUGUUCACAUGUUCAAACCUGAAAUGCUUUAUGCUUCUGAAGA